AUGGACGGGCCCCGCAACAGCAGCUACAAACACCUACAAGAGGACGAUCCAGAGGCUGGGACCAGGUGUGAAGGCUCUGCCGGUGGACGGGUUGGUGCUCUCCUCAGCAGGACCUCGCUCUCUCACUUUACCGUCCGUAAGGGCUGGACCGAGGUUCCGUGCACCCACUUGGACCGUGCCGCCACGUUCGUCUCGCCAUCGCUUCGUGCCCGCUCAGUCCCCAUCAUCCCAUCUCUGCAGGCGAACCGGUCCGAGCCAGGCCAGCCCUCUCUGACUGCCAUGGACGACUCUGCUUCAUCUGUUCCUUACAAGACUCUUGGCGCUGGAUCCUCAGGUCACGUCAGCUCCGCCCUGACAGCAGGUUCGGCGAUGGAACUCAGGUGGGAUUUGGAAAACAUGGACGCUCAGACUGAGACUGGCGUGAGCGAGCGGCAAAAGCCCAGCGCAGGUUUGAAGGCGACGGGCCAACGAGGAGUCCAGGACCCGUGCCAAGGUCAGACAAACCUGGAGUCUGGAAGUGCAAACUGUUUGUUGGCCGCCGCCGCUCCCAGGCCGUCUGCGGCUGCUGCGGAGCGUGCCAGGCCGUCUGCGAGCUGA